CAGUCAGUCGGCAUCAUGAGCCAUAAGGAGGCGGGAGCAAUUGAGUUGGAUUCUUCAUCACACAUCCAGGUGGGCGCAGGCCCGGACGCUGGUGAUGACGGUCAUUUGUCUCCUACCACGCACUCCAACAGUGUGUAUGAGACCAGGUAUCAAAAGUCACUUCGGCAUUACCUGACCCGAGAAGCCUUACCAAAGGAGUCCCAUUACAGAAACCUCAAUUCCAUUGUUGACGGAUCUGGAGUUAGACCGACAUUGGAUGAUCUCCACAACAACACCCUCAGAGAAGAACAGCGACGUACUGGUGCAGACCCUGAAGCCGCAGCAGCUAAUGUUCGAGGAAAAGUAAUCAAGUUCGGAUGGCUGGAAGGCGUAUAUAUGCGAUGUCUCCUCAACAUCUGGGGUGUGAUGCUCUUCUUGAGAGUGUCCUGGAUGGUUGGGCAAGCUUUUGAAGGUAAGAAGCAAGGCUUCUUUACUAUAUUUGGUGUGUUCUUCCCUGCUGUCACAGAGCAUCAUGCAACAGAACAAGCCUCCAGAGUGAUCUACUGGUGA